AUGGAGACUGAAACAGUUGUAAUCAAGGUCAAGUACGGGCUUACAUUAAGGCGCUUCAAUGCUACUGUUGUAGAUCAGGGACUUGAUCUUAACAUGAAUGGACUGAGAGAGAAGAUUUUUUUGCUCUUUAACUUUGCUCUUGAUACUGAGCUCACUCUAACUUAUAUUGACGAAGAUGGUGAAGUGGUGACACUUGUGGAUGAUGAAGAUCUCUGUGAUGUGGUGAGGCAGGCCCUAAACCCUUUGAGGAUUACUGUGAAACUGAAUGCUGAAAAGAGCAGCAGACCAUAUGCUCAGUCAAGUGGAAGUUCUACUCCACAGAGAUCUUCUGGUGUCCAGCCACCAUUCCAAAAUUUGAAGUCUAAUAUCUCUGAAAUUUUGAAAUCAAUGCCAGAGAAUCUCUGUGAAACACUCACCAAGCUGUCCACUGAGUUUGAAUCUAGAGAACCAGGGAUAGCUGAGCUGGUUGAUGGCUUUUCAAAGAUGGGAUUGUCCUUCAUUAGUCAACUCUCAGACUCCCAAAUAUCUGGAAGCACCACAGAUGCUACAAAGACUAAAGAUGCAGAUUGUUCAAAUGUUGCUCCUGUCACAUCUAAGGACUUUACAACCAUAUCUGAAGAGCCAUCCUUGAGAAGCCACAAGGAUUUACCAAAACAUAAAUCAGAGCUGGUCCAAGAACGUGCUGAAGCAAUAAAGCGUGGUAAGGCAAUACUGGGAAGAGAUUCUCCAAAGGAGGAGAAUAAGACCAGUGCUAUUCGCCUCGGACUAAAGCCCAACAAUGUGGGUGGUUCCAAUAAAUAUCCUGAUUCUGUGGAAUGGUGCAGUCCCAAUGGCAUAAAAAAUGCUUUUCACAGUGUUAUUGGGAAGUCACGUGACUCACAUCUUGAUCCUAGCUUCAUUUUUGAAUGUCCAUUUGCUGGGAUGCCUUUGAGAUAUUACUUUGAUAUGCCACCUCAAUCUGGUUCUCAUGGAUUCCGGUUCAAAAGGAGCAAUAGUCCGAGUGACUGCAAUUCUGUUAUCUUCCAUAGAGGUGUCCACUGUGAUGGUUGUGGGGUUCAUCCAAUAACCGGCAUUAGGUUCAAGUCUAAAGUGAAAGAGAACUACGACCUGUGCAGCAUUUGCUUUGCAAAACUGGGAAAUGAAACUGACUACAUCAGUAUUGACCGUCCAGUGGUUUAUCGGCACUCUUCUUUCAGCAGGCCUCGUCACUCUCAUGAGCAUCCGCCAAAAAUACGUCAAGUCUUCAGGGGCUGCAAAGUUGGUGCACCUUUGAAGCUAGACAGUCGCUUCAUUCAGGAUGUGAAUAUCAUGGAUGGUACUAUUAUGGCGCCCUUGACUCAAUUUAGCAAGAUUUGGCGGAUGAGGAACAGUGGCACUCUUGUGUGGCCACAGAACACAAAACUUGUAUGGAUUGGAGGGGACAGAUUAACUGAUGCGUGUUCUGUUGAGAUCGAGAUUCCGGCAGCUGGUUUGGCUGUAGACCAGGAGCUUGAUGUUGCAGUGGACUUUGUUGCCCCUGAACUUCCUGGCCGCUAUAUCUCAUAUUGGAGGAUGGCCUCACAUUCUGGCCAAAAGUUUGGGCAACGUGUUUGGGCUGUUAUUCAGGUGGAUACUCCUCUGACGGAGCCAUUACAUGAAAUUGUUCCUGGCUUGAACCUAAACUUGCCUCCCGUCAGCAAUGGCCCAACAGGUCCUGAAAUUAUAAAUGAGGAUGCUGAACCUGUAAUGGACAAGCGCCAUGAGCCUGACAACUCCAAAAAGACUGCUGAAAGGGCACAACCGGUAGUCGAGGUGCAGCUGAACAUUGAAAAGGAUGUGAAAUUCCCUAUUAAUAAUAGCUUGUUGGUUGGCAGUGUUGAGUCGAGCUCUGUUCCAUUAGCACCACCUUCUUCUGAUUUACAUCCUAUUAUCCAUCUAAAACCUACAUUGGCUCGUCCAGCUCCCUUUGUGCCUUCUGCUGCAUCGACUGUUGUUGUAAAUGCUCAUGCAUCUGCUCAAGAAGUUACGGAAAAGAAUGAAGUCGAGGAAAAACUCCUCAGGGAACUUGAGGAUAUGGGUUUCAAACAGGUUGAUUUGAACAAGGAGGUCUUGAGGACUAACGAGUAUGACUUGGAGCGAUCCUUGGAUGAUCUUUGUGGAGUUUCUGAAUGGGAUCCUAUACUGGAGGAGCUGCAGGAGAUGGGUUUCCAGGAUACAGAAAUGAACAAGAAACUGCUGAAGAAGAAUAAUGGAAGUAUCAAGCGUGUAGUCAUGGAUCUUAUUACUGGAGAGAGAUAG